UUGAUCCAAGAUGGAAAAUCAGAUUUGGUUUAGAUUUAAAACUUGAAGAUUCUUUAGCAGCUUGUUUAGUAGAUCAAUAUCCUACUAGAACUCCAAUAGAUAUCACUGCAGAAAAUUUGUCUAAAAAAAUAACAUUACUCGUGAACAAGCUGAUAACUGAUGCUGCUGGGUGUUUUUCUGAUGAGAUAACACCAGUUGAAGUCAAAACAAAAAAAGAUCUUGCAUUAUUUUCUAGAAAUGAAUAUCCAUUUAGUGAAGAUGCUGUAAAAGAACAUGAAAUAGUUUCUUUAGCACGUAUUGUUAGUUACUCUGUAACUGGUAUAGAAUCUAUUAUUAUGGGAAUAGGUCCGGUACUGGCAAUUAAAGAAGCAUUAAAAAGAGCCAAUCUUAAACUUUCAGAUAUUGGGCUGGUGGAAGUCAAUAAGGCCUUUGCUUCUUAA